AUGGUGGAACCAGGGCAAGAUUUACUGCUUGCUGCUUUGAGUGAGAGUGGAAUUAGCCCAAAUGACCUCUUUGAUAUUGAUGGUGGAGAUGCGGGACUUGGAACUCCAACACCCACUCCACCAGUUCAGCAGUCUGUGCCCCUGAAUGCGUUAGAACUGGGUUUGGAGACUGAAGCAGCAGUUCCUGUUAAACAAGAACCAGAGGCUGUCCCUCCUUCAGCACUGUUAAAUAUGAGGCAGCAGCCUCCAUCUACUACGACUUUUGUGCUCAAUCAAAUAAAUCAGCUUCCGACCUUGGGAUCUACAAUUGUGAUGACUAAAACACCACCUGUGACAACCAAUAGGCAAACCAUCACUUUAACAAAAUUUAUCCAGACUACUGCAAACACACGCCCGUCAGUCUCAGCACCAGCAGUCCGAAAUGCAGUGACCUCUGCUCCUUCAAAAGACCAGGUUCAGCUGAAGGAUCUGCUCAAAAAUAACAGUCUGAAUGAACUCAUGAAGCUGAAGCCACCUCCUAAUAUUGCGCAGCCAGUUGCCACGGCAGCUACUGAUGUAAGCAAUGGUACAGUAAAGAAAGAGUCUUCUAACAAAGAAGUAGCAAGAAUCUGGAUAAAUGACAUGAAAAUGAGGAGUUUUUCCCCAACUAUGAAGGUCCCUGUUGUAAAGGAGGAUGAUGAGCCCGAGGAAGAGGAUGAAGAAGAAAUGGGUCAUGCCGAGACCUAUGCAGAAUAUAUGCCUAUAAAAUUGAAAAUUGGCCUACGUCACCCAGAUGCUGUAGUGGAAACUAGCUCUUUAUCCAGUGUUACUCCUCCUGAUGUUUGGUACAAAACAUCUAUUUCUGAAGAAACUAUCGACAAUGGCUGGUUGUCAGCAUUACAGCUUGAGGCGGUCACAUAUGCUGCUCAGCAACAUGAAACGUUCCUGCCCAAUGGAGACCGUGCCGGCUUCUUGAUAGGUGAUGGUGCCGGGGUAGGCAAAGGACGGACGAUAGCAGGCAUCAUCUAUGAGAACUACCUGCUGAGCAGGAAGAGGGCCCUCUGGUUUAGUGUUUCAAAUGAUUUAAAGUAUGAUGCUGAAAGAGAUUUGAGGGAUAUUGGAGCAAAAAACAUUUUGGUCCAUUCAUUGAAUAAGUUUAAAUAUGGGAAAAUUUCUUCCAAGCAUAAUGGGAGUGUGAAAAAGGGUGUUAUUUUUGCCACAUAUUCUUCUCUUAUUGGUGAAAGCCAAUCUGGUGGUAAAUAUAAAACAAGGUUAAAACAACUUCUACAUUGGUGUGGCGAUGACUUCGAUGGAGUUAUAGUCUUUGAUGAGUGUCAUAAAGCAAAAAACUUAUGUCCCGUUGGUUCUUCGAAACCAACCAAGACAGGCUUAGCAGUUUUAGAGCUGCAGAACAAAUUGCCAAAAGCCAGAGUUGUUUAUGCUAGUGCCACUGGUGCUUCUGAACCACGUAACAUGGCCUAUAUGAACCGUCUUGGAAUCUGGGGUGAGGGGACACCAUUUAGAGAAUUCAGUGAUUUUAUUCAAGCAGUGGAAAGAAGAGGCGUGGGUGCCAUGGAAAUAGUUGCUAUGGAUAUGAAGCUUCGAGGCAUGUACAUUGCUCGACAGCUGAGCUUUACUGGAGUGACCUUCAAAAUUGAGGAAGUUCUUCUUUCUCAGAGCUAUGUUAAAAUGUAUAACAAAGCAGUCAAGCUGUGGGUCAUUGCCAGGGAACGAUUUCAGCAGGCUGCAGAUCUUAUUGAUGCUGAGCAGCGGAUGAAGAAGUCCAUGUGGGGUCAGUUCUGGUCUGCUCACCAGAGGUUCUUCAAAUACUUGUGCAUAGCGUCCAAAGUUAAGAGGGUUGUGCAGCUAGCUCGGGAAGAAAUCAAGAAUGGAAAGUGUGUGGUCAUUGGCCUGCAGUCCACAGGAGAAGCUAGAACCUUAGAAGCCUUGGAAGAGGGCGGGGGAGAAUUGAAUGAUUUUGUUUCAACUGCCAAAGGAGUGUUGCAAUCUCUCAUUGAAAAGCACUUUCCUGCUCCAGACAGAAAAAAACUGUAUAGUUUACUAGGAAUUGAUUUGACAGCUCCAAGUAAUAACAGUUCACCGAGAGACAGUCCUUGUAAAGAAAAUAAAGUAAAGAAGCGGAAAGGUGAUGAAAUAACACGAGAAGCCAAAAAAGCACGAAAAGUGGGUGGCCUUGCUGGUAGCGGUUCUGAUGACAGUGGAAGUGAAUCCGAUGCCUCUGAGAAUGAAGAGAGUGACUAUGAGAGCUCCAGAAACAUGAGUUCUGGAGAUGAUGACGAUUUCAAUCCAUUUCGAGACGAGUCCAGUGAGGACGACGAAGAUGAUCCUUGGCUAAUCAGAAAAGAGCACAAGAAAAACAAAGAGAAAAAAAAGAAGAAAAGUAUAGAUCCAGAUUCUAUUCAAAGUGCCUUAUUAGCUUCAGGUCUUGGCUCCAAACGACCUAGCUUUUCAUCUACACCUGUUAUUGCACCUGCUCCCAACAGUGCCCCAGCUAGUAGUAAUACCAACAGUAGCAGCAGCCUUGUAACAAGUCAGGACGCUGUGGAAAGGGCCCAGCAGAUGAAGAAAGACCUCCUUGACAAGCUAGAAAAAUUAGCUGAAGACCUCCCUCCCAACACCCUGGAUGAGCUGAUUGAUGAACUUGGUGGCCCUGAGAACGUAGCUGAGAUGACCGGCCGCAAGGGGCGGGUUGUAAGCAAUGACGAUGGGAGCAUAUCCUACGAGUCACGAUCGGAGCUGGACGUACCCGUGGAGAUCCUGAAUAUCACAGAAAAGCAGAGGUUCAUGGACGGAGAUAAGAAUAUUGCUAUUAUCUCAGAAGCUGCCAGCUCAGGCAUUUCAUUGCAAGCAGAUCGGAGAGCUAAAAAUCAAAGGCGAAGAGUUCACAUGACUUUGGAAUUACCUUGGAGUGCUGAUAGAGCAAUUCAGCAGUUUGGAAGAACUCAUAGAUCAAACCAAGUUACUGCUCCCGAAUAUGUCUUUCUGAUUUCUGAGUUGGCAGGGGAACAAAGAUUUGCAUCUAUUGUUGCCAAAAGACUUGAGAGUUUGGGGGCGCUUACACAUGGGGACAGAAGAGCAACAGAAUCUAGAGAUUUGAGCAGGUUCAACUUUGACAAUAAGUAUGGAAGAAAUGCUUUAGAAAUUGUCAUGAAAUCCAUUGUAAACUUGGAUUCUCCUAUGGUAUCCCCACCUCCGGACUAUCCUGGAGAAUUCUUUAAAGAUGUUCGUCAAGGAUUGAUAGGAGUCGGCCUGAUAAAUGUAGAAGAUCGCUCAGGAAUUCUUACUCUUGAUAAAGAUUAUAACAACAUAGGAAAAUUCUUAAAUAGAAUUUUGGGUAUGGAGGUGCAUCAGCAGAAUGCAUUAUUUCAGUAUUUUGCGGACACACUUACUGCAGUUGUUCAAAAUGCCAAAAAAAAUGGAAGAUAUGAUAUGGGAAUCUUAGAUCUUGGUUCUGGGGAUGAAAAGGUGAGGAAGAGUGAUGUUAAGAAGUUUCUGACUCCAGGAUACUCAACCUCUGGUCAUGUGGAGCUGUACACAAUCAGCGUAGAGAGGGGAAUGUCCUGGGAGGAAGCCACCAAGAUUUGGGCAGAACUAACAGGACCAGAUGAUGGCUUUUACUUGUCAUUGCAAAUAAGGAACAACAAGAAAACUGCCAUCUUAGUUAAAGAAGUAAACCCUAAAAAGAAGCUCUUCUUGGUUUAUCGACCAAAUACCGGGAAACAACUCAAAUUAGAAAUUUAUGCUGAUCUAAAAAAGAAGUAUAAGAAGGUAGUCUCAGAUGACGCCUUGGUUCACUGGUUGGAUCAGUAUAAUUCGUCUGCAGACACUUGCACUCACGCUUACUGGCGUGGCAAUUGCAAAAAAGCAAGCUUGGGAUUAGUUUGUGAAAUAGGCCUCCGUUGUCGCACAUAUUAUGUUUUAUGUGGUUCAGUGCUGAGUGUCUGGACAAAAGUUGAGGGUGUUCUAGCAUCUGUCAGUGGUACAAAUGUGAAAAUGCAGAUAGUUCGGCUAAGAACAGAAGAUGGACAACGAAUUGUAGGCUUGAUCAUUCCGGCAAAUUGUGUGUCUCCUCUUGUAAACCUCCUGUCGACGUCAGACCAGUCCCAGCAGCUUGCGGUCCAGCAGAAGCAGCUGUGGCAGCAGCAUCACCCGCAGAGCAUCGCCAGCCUGAGCAGCGCGUGAGGAGCAGCCAGGCUGCGUCGUGGGAGGGUCUGAAGUGCUGUUGCAGACCAUUUGCAUAAAAAUCAGGGACAGUUUCCAAAGAAUUAUAUAUUUUUUUCAGUUGUGCUCUGUAGUUAAUUUGGGGGGACAAGGAGAAACCUGGAAUAGAUAGCAAAACUGAAAAUCAGCAGUGCCGAUGGUGGUACAUUUGUCUUUCCUUUUGCUUUUCUUCUGGGACUUCCUAUGUACUUUCACAUUGAGUGUGCAGAGGGAGGUGUGUGUGUGUGUGCGUGCGUGCGUGUGUGCGUGUGUGUGUGUUAAAGCCUACAAACCACAACUGGUUUAAAAAUGCUUAGAACUUCCCAAUCUGGCUUUACCUUUCUGUUCUACAGUGCUCAGGGUUAACGCAGUGCACCCAUGCCAUUGCUGGGGGAGUUCUCCCCGGAUGCAUGUGUUUGAAUCCAUAAAUACAGAAAAUACGUGUUGGUUUCUUUUUCCAACUUAAACCAUAGGUUUACUAAAGCAUGAAAUGAAAGGUCGCACAUCAUGCAUUCAGGUUCUUUUCUAAUUUUUCUGACAGUGCAUGUCUUUGAAAGCAUGCGUAAAUAAGAUUAACACAGAAGUCGAGUAAUGGAGAGAAACAUUUGUAGCUGUACAGCAUUGGUUAUUGCAUUUUUAUAGUGUUUAUAAUUGCGUAUGGCUUCUACUCCCAUGAGCCUCUCCCCCCUUCCUGUCCCAGGUUUCUUGUCAAAGUAAUGACUGCGUACCUUUUUCUGUGUGUGUGAUAAAACUCUGAAAGGUUAAUUUUAAUGUAUUAAUAGUAUUCCUGACUUGUGCUGCAAAAAUGGCUAUGAGCCUUUUUUCUUAAAGUUACAUUUUCCUUAACUUAAAAGCUGGUUUUAGAAAGAAGUACAAAUUGGCAUCCAUCUUGCAAACACUGUUUUUUUACUUUAUUAAUUUUUGCUUUGUCAUUCAUAAAAAAGGAAAUUGUACUUGAGCUGUAAACUAGACAAUGAGGAAACACUUGAGGCUUCUGCUGUAUGUUUUUAUGUUGGUAUUGUUAUUGUUGUUACCCAGUAACUUGAAUAUUGUUUAUGUGUUGUAGAGUUUAUCUUAAGCUGUUAAAAAUCGUAAUGUACAAAUGUGAAUAGACACUUAUCUAUAAUAGGGGUAAGUUUUGUUUUGCCUAUAAUAGAUGUUUAUAAAAACGAGUGAGGGGACAA